AUCCAGUAUCCUAUUUUACCAAAAAACUAACCAUCCAUUAUGAGCUGUGUAGUACAAAAUUAAACAGGUUGAUGCUGUCUGCGAAACAAAGGAAAUGAUAUUUAAACAACUUGUAAUUAAUUAAUUUUAAGAUACGAUAUAAGUUUAUAAAUAAUAAAAUUAAUUACAAUUACGUUCCUGUUUCAUAAUCUAAUAUGAUUGGAAAACUAUGAGUCUGUUCUUAUUUGCGUCAUUUCGUUAACUGAAUAAAGGAAAGAAAUGUCAAACAGUGAUAAAAAUUUGACGAAGCCUUCCAAUAAAGAUUGCCUGGAUAUUGCAAACCGCUUAAUUGUUUGGGGUAAUCUUUUAGUUCCCCAAGUUAACCAUAUUGCUGAAAUAAAUUCCUAUCUAAUUGGGUUGCUUUAUGAAAAGAUAACAGGAUCAUCCCUGCCAGAUUUUAUUUCUGGUGGGACAAGAGGAUCUGAAGAGGAGGAGAUUCAAGCGAUCAUCAAUGCGUUGUCUUUAGAUAUUCUUCAGCUCUCACUUUCGCACAUAACUGGUGAAGCUGUUGUUGCAGGAGAUGUGGUGGCCAUAUACAAUCUCCUGCAUGUCUUAGAAGGCAUUUUGCUUCAUUCCACGUCUUCUGGAGAGCAAGCAUUCCCUAAGCGAAAAGUUAGUAGAUUAAAAAGAAGAGAAACCCCAAAAGAAUCUGUUUGUGAAAAAACACCCUCGCCAUUAGAUAUUGAAAAAAUUUUUGAAAGAAAUGUGGAGCUUAAACUUGAAACAGAACUUAUUAAGAACAGUCAUUCCUUAAAGUCAAAAUCUGAAAGGCAUCGCCCUCAACAUUCAAACAAACCAUUAAAGAAGUCAACUUAUCCUUAUUAUUGUAAUAAAUCUUAUCUCUUACCUAGAAAAAAACAUUCAAAGCAUCCACCAUUAAAGAACAUUUCCAUAGAAAAAUCACAAAAUCUAGAAAGGUCACAUAAAGAAGGAACGAGGAGUCAAACAAAAUUUAUUCAAGAACUUCUGGAUGAGUUUCCCUGCAUUCAGAUAUCACCCUCUCUGAUGAAGAACAUUGAGAGAAAGUACGCACAUCAUCUCAUCGGAAUGCACAAGCUUAUGAAAGAGUGCCUGCUGAAGAGGACCAAAGCUUCGAUUAAAGCAGAAAAUAUUUCUAAAAGGCAGUUGAAGUUAGUUGAAAUCCUUAAGAAAGAUAUAUCGCAGCAACACUAUUUGAAGAAAAUGAAGGAGGAGAAAGAAAAUGAAAGGAAAAUAAAGUACAGUUUGAGAGAUUCAAGAAUGAGAUCUGCAAAAAUGAAACAGUAUUCUGAUGAAUUUAUUGUAGAUAUGAGGAAAAAGAUGAUGAAGAAAAAUAUUAAAGAGGAACUGAUAUUUAAGAACGUUUUUGAAGAAAUAAUGGAUAUUCAGAGUGAACAUAUUGAUUAUUUGUGUGAACAAAUGAAGGAUGCCAAGAUAAAGGAUGAUGAGCAAUAUUUAAAUUACCUAUGUUCUUUGGAAAACUUAUAUCAGUCACAAUAUUUAGCUCUUUCUGAGGAAAUAGCGAAUGAGAAAAGUGAUGCACAAUCAAGACUUAAUGCUGAAAGACUGGCUAUAGCCAAGGCAGAGAGAGAGUUCCGAGAAACGUUGAAGAAUGAAAUCCGCUUUAUGCAGAAAGUGAUUGUUGAGCAAACUGAAGAUACUCAUUUCAGGGAAAUGGAUGCUGAACUUUACAUCGAUAGGAAAAGAAGACAAAUCCAUUCAAGCAUGUAAAAAAAUAUCUUGUAAAUAUUUAUUUUUAUUCUUUUUUUUCUUGUUAUUAAUAAAGCUGUGAUCUCUUUCAUAUUGAAAAUGA